UCCCAUCCUGACAACUUCAUGUUGUUUAGCUGCUGGCUAUCGUUUAACCAAGUUCACCUUUUGAUUUGGUGCUGACGCAACGUUUGAUGCAACACCUCCGACGUCCUUUUUAUGAAGUGUGAACUGACAUUUAAAUAAUAAUGUAACGGAGAGAGCUGUGUUAGCUUGACAGGUAAACUUUCUUUUGGAAUCACAGCUAAUGCUAGUCAUUCAGCGUUCACUUUUUAGCUAACGGCUAACAGGAGCGACAGCAGCACCAACAGGAGACAAGGUUACAGGAUAACCCAAAGGAAAUAACCAUGAACUGUCCCCCCACCAAGCGCCUCCGAGGCCAGGAUCGAGUGACAACGAUGGACUUUGAUGACCCGUUUGGAGAUGACGAAGACUUCACCCAGGACGACUUGAAUGAAAUUGACAUCCUCGCCUCGCAGGCCAUCACCUCGGCCCCGGCACCUGGACCUGGGUCUAAAGCAGGAACUAAACCGACGGAGCUGGCACACGGGUCUGCAGGGCAGAGCAGAACUAUGGGCAGAACCACAACCAAUCAGAGCAGAGAGAACACAUUUGGGUUCGGCAGCAGCAACAAAGGGAAUUCUGGGAUACAAAACAGAGGCCCUAUCGGGAACAGGCUGCAGCGGUUUGGCUCAGAGAGAGAAGAGUCCAGCAGUCUGCUGGAGGCUCAGCAUGCAGAGCUAAAGAGGAAGCUGAAGGAGGUGGAGGAGGAGAUUAUGUUGAAGAGCGGGGAGAUCCGGGUCCUGCGGGACUCUCUGGGAGGGGCUCAGCAGGAGAAGGAGACCCAGAGGCAGAACCAGGUCCUGCUGGAGGCCCAGAAACAGAAAGAGCAUGAGAACAGGGAGAAGGAGCUCAACAAGAAGGUUCAAUCUUUGCAGUCAGAGCUGCAGUUCAAAGAAGCAGAGAUGAACGAGAUGAAGACCAAACUGCUCAACUCAGACAAAAACAAGACGCCCUCUCCAUCGCUUAGAAACAGUCUUAAAGUGCUCACCCAGUUGAAUCAUGGGACAGGCGGCAGCACCUCCUCUCCAACAGCAAAUGGAUUCAUCACCAAGGAGAUGUUUGGAGCCCAUGUUCCAUCCAAAAUGACACCAGUGAAGACGCGAAGAGACGGUGGGUCACAUCAGACAGAGGGUCAUCCAGCAGCAGAUCUGGUGACAGACAGGAAGUGUCUCAUCCAGACCCGUUCCUGUCCGUCAGACCUGCACACCUGCAGCACAGAGGAGGUGUCUUGCUGGGGUUGUUGCUGCAGCAGCCUCUCUCUCCCAGCAGCCUCGGCCUGUCUCACCUGCUGUCUAUGAGUCUGCCUGACAUCCACCUGACAUCCAGUGGGCUGUCUUCAGGCUUUCUUCUCCACUCUGCUCCUGCAGCCAGCAUUAAUGUUGGUGUAGGUGUAGCUCACAGAGCUGCUCUGAGC